CUGUCUGUUGAUUGGACAGCGCUAGGAUGACGCAAGACGUAGGCGUCUCUGAUUGGUCAGUUCAGCCAGCUGACGGAACGUGCCGCAAAGCGCGAAAAUUUGAACUGCGGGUAGACUUGACAGAAAGGAACCGGCGGGGUCAGAGGCGGCGCACAGACCGGGUACAGACCGCUGGCGGAUCUGUGCAUUCAAUGGCUGCCAGUAGUUGUAAAAGUGCAUCAUGAGGUCAAGCCCCCGAAGGCCAUUGAUUCUUAAGAGACGCAGACUGAAUCCUCCCCAGCACAAUGCUGCCAUCCACUCUGGAAUGUCCGGGCAGGGAGAGGCCACCCUGAUGGAGUCUGCCGAGCAGUCCCUGGCUCAGACGCAAGGGGUCCAUGAGUCUUCUCUACAUGAUAGUACUCCCAGGCUAGCUGUUUCUGAGCCUUCCCAACAUGGCAAUGUCCACAGGUUAGGUGUCAUUGAGUCAUCACACCAAGCCAAUGUCUACCCUUUUCAACUAAGUGGACCUACUGAGCAUGCCAGUACUGACAGUGAAGCGGACAAUGGACCAGCUAACUUUAGUCAGAGCGCCCAAAUAACCUCUGUGGGAAACCCCACUGAAAGUCAAACCCAAAUCUCAGCACUUAAGCCGAAUUCAAUACAAAGUCCAUCUGGGAGCAGUGGAGAAGGUGUCAAUAUCCUAUCUGAUGUUCGAAUAAUGAGCCACCCGACCAUUCCUGAUACUCAACUUGUAGUCUUGCCACCAGAAUCUGAUGUCCAGAGCAUUAUCCAGGCACUGACCGCACGUGGUAGGGCAAAUGGAGGGCCCAAUAAGUUUAUUCUCAUCAGUGGAGGCACUUCCUUCCAAAACCAGACUGGCAACUCAAAACCCAUUAUCAAGGAAGAAGACUUUCCACAGCCAGUGGUCAUGUCCCCUUCAAAGCUGCAAACCAUGAGCAAGGACAUCACAGCUGGACAGCAGAGGGGCACUGAGCUAGACAUCAGCCUGACUAAUAUACACUGGCUUGGUAAGAUGAGUUCAGAUGGGUUGAGCCCUUGCCAUGUGAAAGAAGAACCCGAGGGGAAAGAGAACCAGACUCCUGAUCCUGAGUGUGUGAAGGUGAAGGAAGAACCAGAUACUCUUCCCUCUCAAAAAUGGCAGGUCUCUAUAUCGGAGCGACCUCCUUAUUCCUACAUGGCACUCAUACAGUUUGCAAUUAACAGCACUCCCAGUAAGCGCAUGACCCUGAAGGACAUCUAUACCUGGAUUGAGGACCACUUCCCAUACUUUAAACAUGUUGCCAAGCCUGGAUGGAAGAACUCUAUUCGUCACAACCUUUCCUUGCACGACAUGUUUGUGCGAGAAACCAUGGCAAACAACAAGAUUUCCUACUGGACUAUCCAUCCUCAGGCUAAUCGUUGCCUGACGCUUGAUCAGGUUUUCAAGGCGGCAAGUCCCAUGACUCCAUUGCCCUUGGAACCAAAGAAACUAAUCCCAGAGCUCACAAAGAGUAUACAGAACGUAGCCACCAGCAGUAAAGAAAGGAAGAUGAAGCCUCUUCUGCCAAGGGUCAGUUCCUAUCUAAUUCCAGUCCACUUCCCAGUGACGCAGCCUAUUCUCCUUCCUGCACUGGAGUCAGUCUGUGUAGAUUUAGGACCCUCUGAGGCACCGAGGAGCAGUAAACGUGUGAAAAUUGCUCCAAAGAUUUCAGUAGAUCCAGAAGAGCCUCCUAUUCUCCCUGCAGCACUCCCUGUUAAAGAGGAACCAAAAGAACCAGGGUUUCCAGACUUCAGUUCCUCACCCAAUCUGCAAAGCAAGAAAAUGACUUCAUCUCGAAGGAAGCAAUUGUUGAUUGCACCACACACGGAAGAGCCAGAACUGGUUCUGCCUGAGAGCAGCAUUUCUGACUCUGGACUGGAUUCAGAAUUUUCUUUUUUGCAAGAAACCAGUGUGCAUGAUGGCACUUCUCAUCUCACUCAAGAUGGCACUUCGCAGUUCACUCAGGAAGAAGAGUAUUCUUUUAAGACCCCUAUUAAAGAUAGAGUUUUGAAGCCCCCAAGCUCCUCUACUCCCAGCAAGCCAACGGAGAUGGGUAGCUUACAACUGUGGGAAGCAGAAUCUCCUCUCCAUCGAGAUGCUUUCCUGGACUGUAGCCCAGUGCGCAUUCCACAAGGCUCUACACUCACCCCUUUCAAAGACACUAUGCGUGCCCUAGGUUUUGGAGACACUCCUUUCAAGGAUCUUCCUUUCUUUGGUUCUCCUCAGGAGUUGUUUGGCACUCUGUCUCCUCCUUCCCCUGAGCUAGAUACCAUGAGGAAUUCCACACCAGUACGAGCACCUAAGCGAUGCUCAAAGGAACUGCAAGUAGGGACCCCUGCUAACCGCUCUCUGCUCGAAGGACUUGUUUUGGAUACCACUGAUGAGAGUCUUAGCAAAAUCCUUUUGGAUAUUAGCUUCAGUGGUCUAGAAGAGGACAAUGGUUCUGGUGCAGACAGUGUAUGGGGCCAGCUUCUGUCUGAAUUCAGAUAGGGAAGCAUCAUGCUUGGGUCCAUCAUUUGUAACCUCUGGAGGAGAAAACCAAAAUGAUCGGAUUUUCCACUAGCUUAAGGAGAUGUUGCUCAUUGCUACCACAUUCAGCUAUUUGUUUUUGUUUUAAAAAUAACAAGGGGUAUUCUUUUUACCCUAAUUCUGUGGGUAGAUUUUAAGAUUUCUUGAUUUAUUUGAGGUAACAUUAUUAUUCCAAGAGAUGGGGGGGAAAAAAAAACUGACAUUUUUGUUUGUGGCAAUCCCCCCCCCCAGUAUAUGCGUGAGUGAAAAUACUUGCCUACACCAUGUGACUGUAAGUUCUGCCAUUGAUGUAUGAGUUCAGAAGUUAAUUGCCUGGAAGUAGGUACAUGAUCCCACAGCUCAUGGUUCAUAUGGAACAGAUUACUUUUAUAUUUACAUCUGCCACAUAUUUCACCCGAGCAAAUACUGCUUUAGUCCUUACUAGGGUGAAUUAAAUAUAUUGAAUUGUCACAAACAAAAAUGUGGUGAUAUUUAUAUAAGGCUUGCAACAAAUCGGUAGAGGGUUGGUAUAACAUAUGAGUAAUUGUAAUCACAACACUGUAAAGUCUGCAUUGUUAAUUUAUCCACAAGAGUGAGAAGUUUGUGGACGCUUCUCAAUAUAUUCAAUAAUCUAAAAUAAAUAGAUACAUUUUAUUGUGCUUUUCUUUGCACAAUGAGAUAAUUACAAAUUGAAAUUACAUUUUAAUAUUUUUUUACAGAAGAUUUUUUCAUGUUGUAAGUAUUGUAAAUUUUUUCAAGUCACUUUAUUCUGUACAUUUUAUUCUAUAUUUAAAAUUCUGUCCCUCUCCCCCAGCUUCUGAGCUAAUUUUUAUCCAUUAUCUCCCUACCUUC